CUCGAGUUUCAUCGGGGACACAGAGAUAGAAGGAGCUAGGAGGCUGGCACACCCUUCGGAUUCCCCCGUCUCCUGUGACCCAGUGGAAGAGACUCGCGUGCACUAUAAGAUUCUUCAAAGCCACAGUCAGCGAAGACUGCUCUCUAGUUUCGGCCACAAGCUUCGGGUCCGUCCAAGCGGGAGGAUUGAGCUUGGGAGGCGUUCUUAACGACUGUUCACUUCACUUUCCUCUAGAUUCUUAGUUGACCACCAUGAAGAUAAUAAUCUGUCUCGCGGGGCUUUUGGCACUAUGCUAUGGCCAAGAGGAACACAAGGUGACCGCGGCCAACAAUCAUUUCGGUUUCAAGCUCCUCAAUGCGAUCCCAGUUUCGCCCCAGACAAACCUCUUCUACUCGCCAUACAGCGUGUCCACAGCGAUGGCAAUGGCCUACGUCGGCGCCAGGGGAGAGACUCAGCGUGACCUUCACGAGACCCUGGGCUACUCGUCCGUAGGCCUAACACCCGACCACGUGCCCAGCGCCCAUGCCCAGCAUACGCAUCUGCUGCGCGCGCCAUCAAACUCGACACUCCGCGUCGCCAACGCAGCGGUCGUCCAAGAGAGCUACACUGUGACAGAUGAAUAUCUAGGACUUCUACGCCAGUCUUUCGAUGCCGAAGUAAGCGCUUCAAGCUUGCACGAUGAGCAAUCCGUGAGGGCUAUCAACGACUGGGUCAAGAACAAGACCGAGCAGAAGAUUGAGAAGCUGCUCAGCGAGCCCCUUCCUCCCAACACCAGGCUGGUUCUCCUGAAUGCCAUCUACUUCAAGGGUGUGUGGAACGUUCCUUUCGAUGCGAGAGGAACGCAGAAAAGGCCGUUCUUCAACGCGGGAACAGAAAUAGUCGAAGUCGACACAAUGUACGAACAGAUCUCAGCGGGGUACGCCAGAGACGACGAGACGAACGCCGAUGUUCUGGACCUGCCUUACGCCGGGCUCGACUACAGCCUGACGAUCAUUCUUCCUAGAGAGAGGACUGGUGUGGACGCGCUGAGGCAGAAUCUAUCGUGGCCCAUCUUCCAACGCCUUCUGUCCAAGCUCAACAUGAAUUCUCCCAUAGAGGUGUCGCUGCCCAAGUUCAAGAUCGAGGGCUCGUACAAACUGAAGGCGCCCCUGUCGGCGCUAGGAGCCUCGAAGGCCUUCGACGAGCGAUAUGCCGACUUCUCCGGCAUCAGCGGCGCCCGUGACCUGACCAUAUACGACGUCGUUCACAAGGCCGUGGUCGAGGUUAACGAGGAAGGCAGCGAGGCUGCCGGUGCCACUGCAGUCAUCUUCUACACGAAGAGUGCAGCUGUGGGCAUUCCAUUCGUGGUCGACCACCCAUUCCUCUUCUUCAUACGCAACAGGCACACUGGAGACGUCCUCUUCGCGGGUCAAGUGAACCACCUUUAGAGCGGCAGCCCUUUCUCACUCUUAGUAAGACACUAAUUCAAACACACCAGAGCGUUCUCACUCUCUUUUAACUGGUCCCAAAACUUUCAGGUACAAGUGCAGGUAGUGGCAGCAUUGACAUGGACACAAGUUUUCAAAAAGCAUUUUAUAAUAUAAAAGAUGAAAACAUUAUGAGAUCAGCAUCACUUUUUAUGUGUGUGCCGGCAUCAUUUCUUACCCGGCAAAACGUGCUGGAAAUACACGCAAAAUUAUCAUUUCUGACGCAAAACCAAGGUGCCGCUUCAUGAGCAGUUUGUAUUUAUGGGUUGUAAUAUGGAACGACCGCAGGUUAACUUAUCAGCUUGUGAGGAGCAUUUUUAACACACAAAGCACCACUAAUUAUACAGCAAAAACGCGCAUAAGAAACAAAAAAUCCCCGUCAUGCGCUACGCACGUGGUUUCUUCCAAAAUACCUAAGCAUACCCCUUUUUUAUUUGUCCAUACAUAUUUAUAAACGAAGAAGUCACACGGACUGGCGGCAGCCUUAAAUACAACUGAUUUAAGCUGUCCUUUUCUCCGUUGUUGAUUCUGUAUUAACUCACACAUCGCAAUCACCAACUUAUCUCUGAAGUCAAAAUCAGUGUUUUGCGCCGAAGACACCUACGUAACUCCUAUAUGUACCAACGAAGCCAAGCAGGUAUUGGUACGACAAUAAAUAAUAAAACCAUUAAACUCGGC